CCCCUGUCCCGCGCAGCCCGCUCGCUGCGCGGCCGCCAAUCAGCGCACGCCCGUCGCCGGCCCCGCCCGGCCCCGGGGGUGUGUGCGCGCAGCCAAUGAGCGACUCUAGGGGGCCGGGCCUCUGUGGGCGGGGCGGGGUGCGUCGGCCAAUCGCCGCGGUGUUGUUGAAACUGAAAAUACUACAUUAUGCUAAUCGUGAGGAGGCCCGCGCGCGCGGGGGUGGGGCCAGCGCGUAUAAAGGGGCGCAGCGGGCUGGGCGUUUCACAGGCCGAGUGCGCUGUGCUCGAGGGGUGCCGAAUAGGCCCGACUGAGAGCAAACGAACAGGCAGUCAAGCUCCGAGGGGGCGCGGUCCAAGCUGGACAGGACAAGCGAUCGAGACCUAGGAGCCUUCCGCCACCAACCAGCCAGCCUUCGACCAUGGGCAUGUCCGACGUGUACCUCCGCAGCAGAACAGCGAUGGAACGCUUGGCUUCCAGCGACAGCUUCCCAGCGAUAGCGCGCAGCAGCGCCUGCCGCAGCCUCUUCGGGCCUGUGGACCACGAGGAGCUGGGCCGCGAGCUGAGGAUGCGCCUGGCGGAGCUGAAUGCCGAGGACCAGAACCGCUGGGACUUCAACUUCCAGCAGGAUGUGCCUCUUCGAGGCCCUGGUCGUCUGCAGUGGAUGGAGGUGGACAGCGAGUCUGUGCCCGCCUUCUACCGCGAGACCGUGCAGGUGGGGCGCUGUCGCCUGGUGUUGGGGCCCCGGCCUCCCCCGGUGGCCGUGGCUGUCAUCCCGCGUUCUGGGCCGCCGGCUGGCGAGGCCCCCGACGGCCUAGAGGAGGAGCCUGAGCAGCCGCCCAGCGCCCCAGCCUCGGCCGUGGUCGCGGAGCCCACCCCACCCGCGACCCCGGCCCCGGCCGCAGAUCCAGCCUCAGACCAGAUUCCGGACGUGACCCCGGACGCGACCUCGGACCCGACUCCGGACCCGAUCCCGGACGCGAACCCGGAGGUGGCGCCCCAGGACGGCGAGGAACAGGUCCCUGAGCAGGUCUCUGAGCAGGUCCCUGAGCAGGGAGAGGAGCCGGGUGCUGAGCAGGUCCCUGAGCAGGGCGAGGAACCGGGUGCUGAGUCGGGCUCUGAGCAGGGCGAGGAGCAGGUCGCGGAGCCAAUCGAGGAGAAGGACGGGGAGCCGGUCGAGGAGCAGGGCGCGGAGCCGGUCGAGGAGCAGGACGAGGAGGAGCCGGUCGUUGAGCAGGGCGCGGAGCCGGUCGAGGAGCAGGACGCGAACCAGGAGCCGCGCGGCCGGGAGCUGAAGGAGCAGCCUCUCUCGGGGAUUCCAGGACGUCCCGCGGCAGGGACUGCUGCGGCCACUGCGAACGGUGCGAUCCAGAAGCUGUCGGGGCCUCUCAUCUCCGACUUCUUCGCCAAGCGCAAGAGAACUGCGCAGGAGAACAAGGCGUCGAACGACGUCCCUGCGGGGUGUCCCUCUCCUAACGUGGCUCCUGGGGUGGGCGCGGUGGAGCAGACCCCGCGCAAGCGUCUGCGAUGAGUUAGAGCCUAACGGCCAGAGAGAACUUGCUGGGCAUCUGGGCAGCGGACGGUGGAAGAACUCUGGGCUUCGCUGGGACCUUUCGUUCAUGUAGCAGGAACCGGAGAUGGCUGCGCAAAGCAGCCCACGGUUUUGUGGAAAUCUGAAAACUGUGCAAUGUAUUGAGAACACUCUGUACCAUGUGCAAGGAGUACGCUGGUCCCAAGGUGUAAAGCUUUAAAUCAUUUAUGUAAAAUGUCUAAUCUCUACUCGCUCUCAGUGCAAAAAAAAAGAGAAACUAGAAAAUGUAGAACGAAGGAAAAAGACGAGAAAAAGGAAAAAAUGUAUAUUUGUACAAAAAGUUAAAAAAAUUAUGAUAACUUAAUAUUUGUAUUUAUCCAUGCGUGGAUCUCUCUGCCACGCAACUGCUGGGUUAUUGAUUAUUACCAAAGGCACUAGAAAUCACCAGCUUCAGAUUACCCCACAAAUGUAAAUCUACUUUUAUAUUAGACUCUAGGGAAAUGGUUGAUGUUUAAAAGCCCCCACACGUUCAUCUCCAGUUAGCUUACAGUCUCCCCCCUGCUUUAUUAGAUUGUUCUUAAACUUGGUGACCAGACUGUCGAAAUGGUUCCUGUGAUGCCCAUACCAACUGCCCAGGGCUCCUUGUCUGCCAGGUUCUAAAUAAAGAGGCCCAACAAAAAUUA